AUCAGGAUCCUCCCAAACCAGAAGUAAACCAACCCGUGCGACAUUUUUACUUAUAAUCCGCGAGUUUCAUUUGGAAGGCAAUGCUUUCUUACAUGUCAUGCUGCUUUUGCUACGGUUAUCAAACCAACCACUAGCAGUGAGACAAAUUUAUCGCCUUACAGAUUUUAUCCAGGACAAAAAAAGGCCCAUGUAACCGUGACUGAAACGCUUGCAUGACCAACACAGAGACGGUUUAGAACCUUUGACCAACACUAUAUCGCUGCUGAACAAAUAUUAGCUGUCUUCAUUCAGGAAAGGUACGCUCUUGGUUACAAUUUACAAACAUGCGGAAUUCAGGGUUUCUUUUAAAAGUACUGUGGUUGGUUUUAUGCCAGGCUGCUGCUGGCAGUUGGGGUCAGGCGAACGUAACCAGCAUGCUGGCACCGCAGGCGGAUCGGGUCAUGGCACUUGCAGAAUGGGAGGAACGCUGGCAGGAGGACAGAAUUGGUUUCCAUCAGCCUCAUGUACACCCGAUGCUGAAGAACAACAUUGAUAAAGUUCUUGCCGGACGGGCAGAAGUUCGCUUCUUCUUCCCUCUCUGUGGGAAAGCUGUAGAUAUGAAGUGGCUAGCAGACAUGGGCCAUUCAGUGGUGGGGGUGGAGAUAUCUGAAAAGGCUAUAAAACAGUUCUUUGAGGAGAACAACAUGACCUACAAUGAGGAGCCUGUCCCUGCCAUACCUGGAACAAAGGUCUUCAAGAGCUCAGAGAGAAAUAUCUCCCUAUAUCAGUGUGACCUUUACAACUUCUCCAGUUCCAUUGAGGGUCAGUUUGGGGCAAUUUGGGACAGGGGAUCUCUAGUGGCCAUCAACCCGAGAGACAGAGAAAAGUAUGCUGCUCUCAUAAUUUCUCUCAUGGCCAAAGACUGCAGAUACCUUUUGGACACAUUGUUGUACAAUCCUGAAUUAUAUGAAGGUCCUCCGUUUUUAGUGCCCAAUGAGCAAGUAAACAGCCUGUUUGGGAAGAGCUGUGAUAUAGAACUGCUGUCGUCGCUGGAUGCCCUGACAGAAAGACAGCGAGGCUGGGGGCUGGACUACCUGACCGAAAACGUACACCUCAUCACUCCAAAGAGCAUUUAAAAACUAACUUGCAAGUUAAGAGAGCAUAGAAAAGCAGAUCUUGGGCAUUUUAUUGCAAACCCAUCUCAUAGGCAUUCCUUGUAAUGGUUAUACAUCUUUUUAAAGACAAUUCCAUUUUGAGGGGAAAUUAAGGUGCAUGGAAAUACAAUAUGAACAGUUUUAAACUCAUGAUUCUGCAUUAGGCCUCUUAGAACUGUAAGAAAGUUUGGAAUGACUGACCAAAUAAAACUUAUUUUGUCACAAGA